AUGCUCGACAGUAUACACAAGCUCGACAGUAUACCCAAGCUCGACAGUACACACAAGCUCGACAGUAUACACAAGCUCGACAGUACACACAAGCUCGACAGUAUACACAAGCUCGACAGUAUACACAAGCUCGACAGUAUAGACAAGCUCGACAGUAUACACAAGCUCGACAAUAUACACAAGCUCGACGGUAUACACAAGCUCGACAGUAUACACAAGUUCGACAGAAUACACAAGCUCGACAGUAUACACAAGCUCGACAAUAUACACACGCUCGACAGUAUACACAAGCUCGACAAUAUACAAAAGCUCGACAGUAUACACAAGCUCGACAAAAUACACAAGCUCGACAGUAUACACAAGCUCGACGAUAUACACAAGCUCGACAGUAUACACAAGCUCGGCAAUAUACACAAGCUCGACAGCAUACACAGGCUCGACAGUAUACACAAGCUCGACAAUAUACACGAGCUCGACAGUAUACACAAGCUCGACAAUAUACGCAAGCUCGACAGUAUACACAAGCUCGACAAUAUCCACAAGCUCGACAGUAUACACAAGCUGGACAGUACACACAAGCUCGACAAUAUACACAAGCUCGACAGUAUACUCAAGCUCGUCAAUAUAAACAAGCUCGACAGUAUACACAAGCUCGACAUUAUACACAAGCUCGACAAUAUACACAAGCUCGACAAAAUACACAAGCUCGACAAUAUACACAAGCUCGACGGUAUACCCAAGCUCGACAGUAUACACAAGUUCGACAGAAUACACAAGCGCGACAGUAUACACAAGCUCGACAAUAUACACAAGAUCGACAGUAUACACAAGCUCGACAAUAUACACACGCUCGACAGUAUACACAAGCUCGACAAUAUACACAAGAUCGACAGUAUACACAAGCUCGACAAUAUACACACGCUCGACAGUAUACACAAGCUCGACAAUAUACAAAAGCUCGACAGUAUACACAAGCUCGACAAAAUACACAAGCUCGACAGUAUACACAAGCCCGACAAUAUACACAAGCGCGACAGUAUACACAAGCUCGACAGUAUACACAAUCUCGACAAUAUACACAAGCUCGACAGUAUACACCAGCUCGACAAUAUACACAAGCUCGACAGUAUACGCAAGCUCGACAAUAUCCACAAGCUCGACAGUAUACACAAGCUCGACAAUAAACACAAGCUUGACAAUAUACACAAGCUCGACAGUAUACACAAGCUAGACAAUAUACUCAAGCUCGACAGUAUACACAAGCUCGACAGUAUACAGAAGCUCGACAAUAUACACAAGCUCGACAGUAUACCCAAGCUCGCCAAUAUACACAAGCUCGACAGUAUACACAAGCUGGACAGGAUACACAAGCUCGACAAUAUACACAAGCUCGACGGUAUACACAAGCUCGACAGUAUACACAAGCUCGAUAAUAUACACAAGCUCGACAAUAUACACAAGCUCGAAAGUAUACACAAGCUCGACAAUAUACACAAGCUCGAUAGUAUACACAAGCUCGACAAUAUACACAAGCUCCACAAUAUACACAAGCUCGACAGUAUACACAAGCUCGAUAAUAUACACAAGCUCGACAAUAUACACAAGCUCGAAAGUAUACACAAGCUCGACAAUAUACACAAGCUCGACACCAUACACAAGCUCGACAAUAUACACAAGCUCGACGGUAUACCCAAGCUCGACAGUAUACACAAGUUCGACAGAAUACACAAGCUCGACAAUAUACACAAGCUCGACGGUAUACCCAAGCUCGACAGUAUACACAAGUUCGACAGAAUACACAAGCUCGACAAUAUACACAAGCUCGACAAUAUACACAAGCUCGAUAGUAUACACAAGCUCGACCACGAGUGA